AUGAGCGCGCUUCUGCAGCUGGGCUUGCUGGCCCUGGGGGCUCUGUGUGUCUGUGCUGUGCCCAAGGAAAGUGCCACGCUGCGGGCACUGGUGAAGGAGACCUUGACUCUGCUCUCCACUCAUCGGGCUCUGCUGACAGGCAACGAGACCCUGAGGAUUUCUGUUCCUGCACAUAAAAAUCACCAACUAUGUGUUGAAGAAAUCUUCCAGGGAAUAGACACACUGAGGAAUCAAAGCGCACAUGGGGAUGCAGUGGAAAUGCUUUUCCAAAAUCUGUUUUUAAUUAAAAAACACAUUGAUCUUGAAAAACAAAAAUGUGGGGAAGAACGCCGGCGAGCAAAGCAGUUCUUGGAUUACCUGCAAGAGUUCCUUGCUGUCAUAAAUACUGAGUGGACAAUGGAAAGCUGA